CCGUCCCGGGGCCGCCCUCGUCCGCAGCCGCAAUGAAAUUUCUGUUGGCUUUUGAUUUUGACCAUACAAUCAUAGAUGAAAAUAGCGAUACUUGGAUUGUGAAAUGUGCUCCUGAGAAAAAGCUUCCUAAUGGAUUAAGAAACUCCUACCGACCAGGACGAUGGACAGAAUAUAUGGGCAGAGUCUUUGUCUACUUGGGAGACAAUGGCAUCAAAGAAGAUGUAAUGAAAAAAACUAUGACAACAAUCCCUUUCACUGCAGGAAUGGUAGAUCUUCUGGGGUUUAUUGGCAAGAACAAGGAGUUAUUUGACUGCAUAAUUGUUUCAGAUUCUAAUACAGUAUUUAUUGACUGGAUUUUGAAAGCUGCUGACUUCCAUAAAGUGUUUGAUGAAGUGUUUACAAACCCUGCAGCAUUCAGCAGUACUGGCUACCUGACUGUACAGGACUUCCACGCUCACCAUUGUGCAAAGUGCCCUAAAAACCUUUGCAAAAGGGAAGUUUUAAAAGAAUUUCUAGAUAAACAGUUGGAGCAAGGAAUAACUUACACACAAAUUGUAUAUAUAGGUGAUGGUGGGAAUGACUUAUGUCCGGUAAUGUUUUUGAAGAAGGGUGAUAUUGCUAUGCCCAGGCAGGGCUAUACCUUGGAGAAAAAGAUUUCUCAAUUGGCCCAAAAUCUCAGUCCUGUGGAGUGUUCUGUUCUGGCUUGGUCUUCUGCUGUUGACAUUAUGUCUUACUUGAAACUGCUUAUAAAGGAAUAAUUCAAAUGAUAAAAGGAAACUAAUGCAAUUAUAUUUAAUCUUCCUCAGAGAAAAAAAAACUGAAUGCGUAUAAAACCACAAAAUUGUAACAUUGGGCUGUUACCUGAACAUAUCUUUUUAAGCACAAUAUAAAGCUGUUUAUGUUUAAUCUUGGCCAUAGUGGGAAAGUGAAGUUAAAAUGGCUUUCUGACAUAGUACACCUUCCAACGUAAGUGGAAAAAGGGGCUUGCAAGAGAAACUGCCAUUAUUCUUAGUCUUCCCCCUCCCCCCAGGCCUUUACCAAAAAAGUAACUGACCUUUUCUGUCCCACAUGCAUAGGGGAAGAAGUAGGAUUAGUGCACAAAAUAAGUUCUUUACUUACAAAACAUUCGGUGCCAGGAGCAUGGUUCUGGAACUGUUGGCUUUUACAUCCCUUCGAUCAGGAUAAAUACUCAAUUUUGUAAAUUAUUUGGUAUGCUUGUAAUCUUGUUUGAUCUGAAGAUGCAUUUAUAUUUUCAAUAUACUAAAUAUUUUACCCAGCAAAAUUACUUUUUAAUAAUUUAUCUUUUAUUGUAAAGACAAUUAAAAGUUACUGUCACUGACAAAAGCAAUGCACCUCAUUUGUGUAAUGUGCUCUGGCCUGUGUAUCAUCAGGCACCUGUUCUUUGAAAGUGUACAGCGUACACCAGUGUAGGUGUCAGUCUUUGGAUAAUACCUUCAUUUUUUUUGUCAGUCAGACCCCUUUUCUUCUGGAGAGCAGUAGUGAUGUUACUGCUCUGUUUAAAGAAAAGUCACUCUCCCAUUCCCUUGCCUGCAGCCCUGACGGUGUGCUGCUGCCACUCCUUAUAGAGCUAAUACCAGUUUGAACUGCUGUGCGGACACCUUUGAGACAGCUUGGUGCUUUCUUCUUGUUAGGCUUCUGCUGCAAUGCACAGGCCCAUAAAUGGUGCACGUGUAUACAUGUUUACAUUGACUUUUGCCUAUACGCUGUCAUCCAUAUAGUAUAAUCCUCUUUUAACUUUGUAACAGGAUUGUUCUGCCUUGAAGUAGUUUAAGGAAUCAUUUGUGAAUAUGCGAUCUUUCUAUCACUCACAGUGAGAUGAGUCUCAAGAGUUGGGCCAUGUGUAUAGAGAUAUUAAAAAAAAAGUCUCAUUAAAGUU